GAUUUCUAUCGCUACUUCCGACAUCAAAUGGCGCUUUGCGCAUGCUCAGUGCAUUUAUUUGUUUUUUCUUUGCGCACCUGGAUAACUUUAUUUAAACUUAGCAGUAACAAUUUUAUAGGAAGAGAAGAAAAUAUUUCGUAGAAACGACAUAGAACUAGAGCAAUGAAUAACUUAAAUGAUCCUCAGCAGUGGAAUAUUCAUCCAGAUGAAGAUGGAAGGGAAGGAAGUAAAUGGAAUUAUGCUCUGUUGGUUCCUAUGCUUGGACUGGCUGCUUUUCGUUGGAUCUGGUCAAAGGAGUCUGAGACAGAAAUUUCAAAAACAAAAUCAGAGUGCAUUAAGAAACUGGAAAGUGCUCAGAAAGAUCUUGAAGAAAAAUAUCGAGAUACUAUCGCAGAAAGCCGUCGCACAAUCGCUCAUUUGGAAAUUGAGCUAGAAAAGGAGAAAAAUCGAACUCUCAGUUAUCGUAGAGCCAUUGUUUCCCAGGGGCAGAAACUUGUGGAGGAAAGGAAACUAUUUGAGCAAGAGCGAGAGACGCUUAUUCAGGAGAAACAAGCUGCACAGGAAUCGGGUGCAGCAGGAGCUUUAUACAGGAGCUACAUCUUAAAAGAAGGAGAAUGGCAAAAAAGGGCCAACAGUCUGCUGAAGGAAUUUGAGGAGGCACUCAAGGAGAGACAGAAUAUAUAUUGUAGCAUGGUAGUAUCUAGAAAAGAACGUUUAGAAAUAGAGAAGAAUUUGAUAAUAAGAGCUGUUACUGACCCAGUUGCAGUUGAAUUAAACAUGGAAGCUGGAUUGGAUGACAUCUUUAAACAUGAUACUUACUGUGCAUCUUUUGCAAACACCAAUAAGAGUAGAAAUGGUAGGCUAAUGUGGCUUUACCUCAAGUAUUGGGAGCUUGCAGUAGAACGUAAUAAGUUCAAGAAAGUCGAAAAAGCCAUUAUAGGAGAAUCCAAGCUUUCGUCCUAGCUUUAGAUAUUUAAUAGAAAAAUUUGGGAAAUGGUAAAAUAUUACAUUUGGUGAUAUAGGUCAAUGAAUUUAAAAUGUGUCCACUUCAAGACCUGGUAUUUCAAAUCUCUGGACACUGCCAGAUGAAAAUAAUUCCUGAGUUAUUUAAGGCAGCUGUAAUAUUUUCUGCUGUAUUUGAAACCAACUAAACUGAAAAAAAUGUGUUUGGAAGGUAAAAUACUCCAUUAAAAUUAUUUUUAAAUUACUUUUUUGAAGUGCCAGUAACACCAUGAAAUGGAAUAACUUUUUGUUUUUAUGUUAAAAUACAUUGUUUCAAUUAAUAGUUCAGUCAGCACUCACCAGCAUCCAAUUAAAGUAAUUGUCAGUUCUAGACUUCCAAUGUGUAACACAGCACUGCUACGUAGGUAUUUUAGAUAAAAAGCCUUUAUUGCAACAUUUGGCUUCCGAUCCGGUACAUGCAACGUUUCUGGCCGAAUCUCGGCCCUUUAUGAAGCUUUUAAAGGGACGAGAUUAGGAUAGAAACGUUGCAUGUACCGGAUCGGAAGCCAAAUGUUGCAAUAAAGGCUUUUUAUCUAAAAUACCUAUGUAGCAGUGCUGUGUUACACAUUGGAAAAAUACAUUAUUUAUCAAAAUACAUACUGCAUGAUGGUAAGUCAUUUGCUUCAUGGUAUAUAUAGGACAUAUUUAUUUUCUUCAUUUAGGGGAUUAUUUACCAAUUAUUGAGUUUGUGAGGUUUACCUCGAAUAAAUUUAACUCGAAUGUUUGUAAAAAACUUGAAUGAAUGAAGUCAGUGGAGGGGGGGUACUCGAAUACACAAAUUGAUCGAGUUAUCAGAGAAAAAAACCUUGAAUACCUUGAACUGAUCAAGUUUUUGAGUGCAAACCACCAAAAUGAAAAUCAUGAAAGAUAAAAACAUGGUUCAAGGGACUUCUGCCAUUGACUUCUCCAUGACGUUGACAGGUUUUAUCUGGAGUAUUUUCGGAUUUGCAGCUUCGGGGCAUAAAAAAUCUUGGAAAAUCAGAGUUUUUUUAAUCCUGAAAAAAUUCUAAUUUUUACUGAAACUACCUUCGAAAAACUCCAAAUUUUUGGUAAAAACACAACUCGACCUUUAAUUAAUAACCCCCUUAAAGAGGUCCUCCACUAAAAACUAUUUUUUUUUUUGCAUAGUGUAAGAAACAAUUAUGAUGAGCAAUUUAAGCAUAAAAACAUAUAAAGAUGAUACUUAAAAGGGAACAUAAUAGCAGUGCUUUGCAUGGUUUGGAUUAAGAUUGACUAAGAUCUUUUUGUUGGCUAAGGUGUAUAUGGAGGACCAAACUAAUUUAACUUUGGGGCAAUUCCAAUAACUAUAAAUAAAAUUGUCAUCUUUUUAAAAAAGAUUGCGAAUAUAUAUGUUAUCUGUCAGUUGUGUAAGACUUUCAGUACAUCUUAUUUAUUGUCCACAUUUGGUAACAUUAUCUGUAUAGUUGCACCUGCAAUUUUGGGAUUUUUCCAUUUACUUUCAAAUAGAGUGUAUUCUAGGGUGACGGGUGUUGAACAAAAAAAGCUAAAUAAUAUUAUAAAAAAUAAAAAAACAUCUAUUGCAAAUUA